UCUUCGGCCUGAAGAACUACCUGGAUUCGUUCAGGGCCCCGUUGCUGGAGGAGAUCCGCGCGGAGAUGAGCUCCGCCUUGGACCCGCAACCCAAUGGCUCCAGCCCCGUGCAAAUACGGUCGCUGGUUAGCCUCGUUCCAAAGGGAGCCAAGGGCGUCAAGAAGAUCACCCCGUUUUACCGCGUCACCGUCUCCGGCCGCCGCGGUGCUUGUUCCCCAUGCAUCGGCGACAUCGUCGCGCUCUCGGCGGCGACGCCGCUUCGGCCUGGCAGCCCCUACUGCCUCGCGCACGUCAAGGACGUCCCCAACAAGUGUAGCUUUGUGGUCAGAGCGUCCAAGGUAAUAGAAGAUGUAACCUGCUACGCGUUUGUUGUCAGCUUGCUCAGCUUCAUACCCUACGCGCGCAUCUGGCGGUGCCUCAACUACGAAGCAGCCGUCGAGAGGAAUGCAGACCUCGUCAAGGUCAUCGCCGGCGAUAACACCAUGCAGGCAAGCAGUUCUGGAACUUCACUGACCGGCGGCACCGGCGUUCUACUGACGGCCGGCACGCUAUCUCCGUUCGAGCUCAACGAGUCGCAAGCCGACGCCAUUCUGAGCUGCAUUUCGGCGGUGCAGUGCGGCGGCGCGAGCAGCAAGUUCAGCCUCAUCUGGGGUCCGCCCGGCACGGGCAAAACAAAGACCAUCAGCGUGCUCUUGCUGGCGGUGAUGACGAUGUCGAUGACGACGAAAAGCCAGAGCAAAUUCCGGGUCCUGACGUGCGCGCCGACCAACACAGCCAUCUGCCAGGUCGCGUCCCGCCUCCUGGCGCUGAGGAAGCAGCACCCGAAUGCCGGCGCCGGUGGGUGCCACGGCGAUCUGCUGCUGUUCGGCAACAGGAAGCGCAUGGCCAUCGACAACGACCUCAACGAGAUCUUCCUGGACACUCGCGUCAAGCGGCUAAGCAAGUGCUUCUCGCCGGCGACGGGCUGGAAGCCGGGUCUCCUGUCACUGGAAGUCUUUCUGACAGAUCCGAUAACCCUGAAACACCAGUAUCAGUUAGCACGCGAGAAGAAUACUAGCACAAAUUUACCCGAGUCGUCCUUCGUCAGGUCAAGGUUCCACGAGAUCUCCCAGAAGCUCAGCGCGUGCUUCAGAACAAUCAUGUCGCACGUCCCUAGAGACAUCGUCCUGGGGAAGAGCUGCGAGAACAUCGCUUCGCUGACCAAGAUGCUCGGCGACUUCGGCAAACUACUCGGCGGGAAGAACGCCGGGAACGAAGUCGUGAGGGACGCGUUCAUGCGUACGGCGACGGGAGAGCAACGCCAUGGUUCAGAGACAGCUCGCGCCCUGAGGCGGAGCAUGGCGGCGAUCCUGGGCGUCACGAGAGCUCUGGCGCGAGACCUGAAGCUUCCUCGCACGCGCCAUGGCCCCACGAUCAAGAAGUUCUGCCUUCGAAGCGCCUCCCUUGUUUUCUGCACCGUGUCUGGCUCGGCGAAGCUGAACGAGCAGAAGAUGGACUUGCUGCUGAUCGACGAGGCUGCGCAGCUGAAGGAAUGCGAAUCCCUCAUCCCCUUGCAAGUCUCCGGGCUGAAGCACGCAGUUCUUAUCGGCGACGAGUGCCAGUUGCCGGCAACCGUGAAAAGCAAGGUUUCAGAUAGUGCGUUGCUGGGUAGAAGCCUAUUUGAAAGACUAGGUUUACUCGGGCACAGGAAGCACCUCCUGAACAUGCAGUACAGGAUGCACCCUUCCAUCAGCGUCUUCCCGAACAUCAGUUUCUACGACAGGCAGAUCUUGGACGGCCCCAACGUGACGCAGACGACGCACGAGCGUAGCUACCUCCCAGGCGCGAUGUUCGGGCCAUACUCGUUCAUCAACGUCGACGGCAGGGAAGAUCGCGGCCGAAGCAAGAGGAACAUGGCCGAGGUGGCCGCCAUCCUGAAGAUACUGCGCAGUCUCAAGCAAGCUUGUGCCAGUGCGGGGCAGGUGGUCAGCGUGGGCGUCAUAUGCCCGUACGCCGCGCAGGUGGAGGCGAUUCAGGGGAGGAUAGGGGACGUGAGGGCGAUGCGCCCCCUGAUUCUUCGCGUCAACUCCGUGGAUGGGUUCCAAGGCAGCGAGGAGGACAUCAUCAUCCUCUCCACCGUCAGGUCCAACCAUUGCCUCUGGAUCCUGGGCAACGCGACGACGCUGAGCGGCAGCGGCUCCAUCUGGGGCGAGCUGGUCCAGGAUGCCGUCGAGCGUCGGUGCUUCUUCGACUGGGACGAUGGUGGCGCGGGCGCCUCUCCGGCCAUUUCUCACGGCGCUCGCCUGAUCGGGCCUGAACGCGGUGGAGCAACUUCAACUUUUGACACGCAGUUGGUGGGGUGUGAAGCAGACCGUAUCUGUGGCGCGCUAGGUUCCCUGCGCCUAGCUUAG